AUGAGCCCCUCAUCUGCCUCGGCAUCCGCCGAGCCGACGGUCACCUUCAGCUCAGGCCGGGAUGUAAACACACCCCCCGAUCUCAGAUUGUUGCAUUACAACGAUGUCUACCACCUCGACCCCUCGUCUUCCGAACCGGCUGGGGGCGUUGGCAGGUUCGUCAGUGUUUGCAAGGAGUAUCGCGAAGCCCAACGAUACCAGGGACAGCCCGAGCUGGUCACCUUGUUUUCUGGCGAUGUCUUCAACCCGAGUCUUGAGAGCUCUAUUACCAAGGGUAGCCACAUGGUCCCUCUUCUGAACCUCAUCAAGACCGACUGUGCCUGCGUAGGGAACCAUGACCUCGACUUUGGUGUCAGGCAGUUCCGCCACCUCACUUCCAAGUGCAAUUUCCCCUGGUUGUUGGCCAACGUGCUGGACCCGGCCCUUGGGGAUGGCGUUCCCCUCGGCAACGCCAAAAAGACGCACAUGAUCACCACCUCCAAUGGCAUCAAGAUCGGUUUGUUGGGGCUCGGAGAGCGUGAGUGGCUCGACACCAUCAACUUGCUCCCGCCCGACAUAAUCUACCGCUCGGCCAGUGAAGUCGCACGGGAGCUCGUGCCGCAGCUGCGCGCCGAGGGUGCCGACAUUAUCAUCGCCAUCACGCACAUGCGCGAGCCCAACGACAACAAGCUUGCUACCCAGCUGGGCGGCGAGAACAUCGAUCUCAUCCUCGGUGGACACGACCACUUCUAUGCCCACAGCUUUAUCAACGGGACGCACGUCCUGCGGUCGGGGUCAGACUUUAAGCAACUCAGCUACAUCGAGGACCCCGAGACCCUCGAGCUGGUACACCGGCUCACGGCCAAGUUGAAGAAGAGCCUCGAGAAGGCCAUUGGGUGGACGGCGACACCGCUCGACUCGCGCUUCACCACGGUGCGACUCAAGGAGAGCAACCUGGCCAAUUUCGUGUGCGAUAUCAUGCGCCACCACUACAACGCUGAAUGUGGGCUCAUGGCCGCGGGGACCAUCAGGGGAGACCAGGUGUACGCUCCGGGGCCGAUACGGAUCAAGGAUAUCACAGACUGUUUCCCGUUUGAGGAUCCUGUCAUUGUGAUGAAGGUGUCGGGCCAAGGGAUAUGGGAUGCGCUGGAGAACGGGGUGUCGUUGUAUCCCGCCCUGGAAGGCCGUUUCCCCCAGGUCUCAAACAUCAUCUACAAGUUCGACCCCUCACUUCCUCCCGGCUCCCGCAUUGUCUCUGUCAAGAUCGGCGGGCAGCCUCUACAGAAGGACCGACUCUACGUCCUCGCCACACGGGGCUACAUGGGCCGCGGGAAGGAUGGCUACCGCAGCUUACUCGUCCAGCCCGAGGGUGGAGAAUGCGAGGAAGUCGUUUCGGAGGAGAAUGGGAUGCUGAUCUCGGCUAUGCUGCGGCAGUACUUCAUGUCCCUGACUGUGCUCGCCAAGUGGAAGGGCUGGGGUCCGUCGUUAGACCGUCACUGGUCGGAGGUGGCGAACAGCGUUGCUAAGUACCACCCCGUCGGUGUCCCGUCCGCUUCCGCCCCGGUCAGCCCAUUCGGGGUGAGGUCGUCGCAUGGUGGUCCAACCCCGGGCCAAGAGAGCGGUGGCUGGGCUGAGUGGACUCAGACCCGACUCAGGCAGAGGCGCGCCAGCGUGCCGCCGAUGCUGGGACCCAACGAGGACGAGAGCGACAGCGACUCGGGCGAGGAGCUGGAGCGGGCCCGGGAGAACGCCCGUGUGCUCGACAGCGAGCUAGCGGUUAUGCGCCGCGUCUUUCACAAGUGGUGCCGGCUAGCGGGCGUUCGUGGGGCGGCCUGUGACGAGCUGACCGAGGGCGAGAUCGAGGUGACGUGGACAAAGCCCAUUGCUCCCCGCGUCGAGGGCCGCAUUCAGAUGGUUACCCGCACCGCUAGCUGA